GAAAAGGCUCCGCGAGAGAGAGAGACUCGGACCGGAACUGCGGUGCCUGUUGGCAUUGCCAAGUUAGCAGCUAGCAGGCUUUUCGUAUCCUUCCUCUUUGAUGUAUUUAUUUUCACUUAACGCGCCCUUUCUCAUGCGGAGCGAUGUGGUUUAUUUAUUUGCUGAGCUGGCUGUCGCUGUUGCUCCAAGUGUCCUUCGUCACUCUCGCCAUCGCUGCCGGCCUAUACUACUUGGCGGAACUGAUAGAAGAGUACACGGUGGCCACCAGUCGAAUCAUAAAGUACAUGAUCCUGUUCUCGACGGGGGCGCUGGCCGGUCUGUACGUCUUUGAAGGCUUCCCCACCUUGAUGAUGGCGGUGGGCCUCUUCAGCAACUUGGUCUACUUUGGCCUCCUGCGGACGUUCCCGUACAUCCUUCUGAGCUCGCCCAACUUCAUCCUGUCCUGCGUGUUGGUGGUGGUCAACCACUACCUGGCCUUCCAGUUCUUUGCGCAGGAGUAUUAUCCGUUCUCAGAGGUGCUGGCGUAUUUCACCAUCUGCCUGUGGGUGAUCCCCUUCGCCUUUUUCGUGUCGCUGUCGGCGGGCGAAAAUGUGCUGCCGUCCACCGUGCAGCAAGGAGAUGACGUGGUGUCCAAUUACUUCACCAAGGGCAAGCGGGGGAAGCGCUCGGGCAUCCUCCUGGUCUUCUCCUUCCUCAAGGAGGCUGUGCUGCCCACCAGGCAGAAAAUGUACUGAGGCACCAGACUCUGGGGGGGUUUGAGGGGGGGUCGCAAGGGUAGGCACGACUGUGGGAAUUCUAAUGUAACUGUGGUUUGAGGGGAAAGAGGAGGGAGCGGCGACGUGUGCGACACCUCCCGCCGCGCCAGUUUAUGAUCCAGACAUGGUCGGCGGCCCCCCCCCCCCACGCACGCACGACCCGCCGCAUCGGAGCGUCUCCUUCAAGUGGGAUUUUUGCCAGACGCCACUCAAACGUUGGCGGAUGAAUAUUUGUCAAACGCCAGGGAGUCGUCGGGCGGAUUCGGCACGUAUUCAAAAUGGCCGCCAUUCCAAAGGCAGCGGCCACCCGGACGGUCCGCGGAAGCGCCCGCCCUCCCCUCGGCCGGACCGUCUUCGACCGCCGCGUUUCCCCCCCCCCCUGAUUUGAGCAUCGCAAGGAUGUCGAGGGGAAAGUGGUGAGAGAAGCUGCUCGCAAAUGGCAA